ACCAGCCAGAAGACUUUCCACAGUAGUAAAUACAGAAAAGAAAUGAACAGUAUAGGAGAUGUGGUAAUGGAAUAAUUAAUAUAAUUUGAUGUCUCAAUGGUAUGGAAGAGAAUGAUGGAAAGAGGCACAAAUCAAAUUUGACUAAGAUUUCAAGCCCGAGGAAUCAGGAGUAAGAUGAUAUAAAUGAAGAAUCAAAGAGUGAGCAGAGUAAUGAACUGAAUUUUAUUUAUUUUUUUUUUUUUAUUUUAAAAAUUCCAACAAAGCCUCCAGAUAUGAACUGAAUUUUAGACAAGACCAUAGAGUGCUGGCGGAACCUUCAAAAGCAAAGAUCAGAAAGAACUUGACAAUAAAAGAUCAGAGCUUGGAAGAAAAAACAUAGAGAUGCAAAUUGGAGAAUAUAAGCACAGAGUUUUUUCCUUGUCUAUGGUGUGAUGACAAGUCCAAUAUCACUUAUCCCUCAUGACCAAAAAGCAGAAAUUGUAACUAUUCACUUUUAUUUGACUGGCCUUUUGUGGAUUGCCAAAAGCUAAAAGGGUGGAGAAAGGAAAAGGCUAAGACAAACAAAAGAGAAAUAUAUUCACAAGAAAAUAUGCCUGGAAUACAUAAAUGGCCUCCCACCCAGAGGAGAAUGGCUGCAGAAAAUCACUCUACAGUGACAGAAUUCAUUCUAGGGGGAUUAACAAACCGGCCAGACCUCCAGCUCCCUCUCUUCCUCCUCUUCCUCGGGAUCUACUCAGUCACCAUGGUGGGGAACCUGGGCAUGAUUACCCUGAUCUGUCUGAACUCUCAGCUUCACACCCCCAUGUACUACUUCCUCAGACAUCUGUCAUUUGUGGAUCUCUGUUACUCCUCUGUCAUUACCCCUAAAAUGCUGGUGAACUUUGUGUCAGAGAAUAACAUCAUCUCCUAUGCAGGGUGCAUGUCACAGCUCUACUCCUUCCUUGUUUUUGUCAUUGCUGAGUGUUACAUGCUGACAGUGAUGGCCUACGACCGCUAUGUCGCCAUCUGCCGCCCUUUGCUUUACAACAUCAUCAUGUCUCAUCCAGUCUGCUCCCUGCUGGUGGCCAUGGUCUACACCAUGGGACUCAUUGGCUCUACAAUAGAGACUAGCCUCAUGUUAAAACUGCCCUUCUGUGAUCACCACAUCAGUCAUUACUUUUGUGACAUCCUCCCUCUCAUGAAGCUCUCCUGCUCUAGCACCUAUGAUGUUGAGAUGACCGUCUUCCUUUUGGCUGGAUUCAACAUCAUAGUCACCAGCGUAACAGUCCUUGUUUCCUACACCUUCAUCCUCUCCAGCAUCCUCCGUAUCAGCACCUCAGAGGGCAGGUACAAAGCCUUCAGCACCUGCAGCUCCCACCUUGCAGCUGUGGGGAUGUUCUAUGGCUCGACUGCAUUCAUGUACUUAAAACCCUCCACAGCCAGUUCCCUGGCCCAGGAGAAUGUGGCCUCUGUGUUCUACACCACAGUAAUCCCCAUGCUGAACCCCCUGGUCUACAGCCUCCGGAACAAGGAGGUAAAGGCUGCCAUGCAGAAAACACUGAAGAGAAAACUGUUUUGAUGCAAAUGUUAUUGAUCUUUUUUCAACUUAAAAGUAAAUCGUUAUAAAUAUCAGAGAGCUGCCCUCUGAAUGCUGGCCCAACUGUGAAGGGGAACAAUCACUUCUCCACAUGGCUGGCUGAAUGCCUUCUCUCCUUCUUUCCUCUUCUUUCCCCCCUUUCUUCUCUAAUUUCUGCUUGAAACUGGCCAACUUCAAGUUCAUAUUUUCUUUCAUCUGGGAGCUAAUUCCUCUAUCCUGAACCCUUUGGUAAAUAUUUACUACCUUAAUUGUAAUUUAACUUGAAUUUUAAACUUUCAGCAUUGAGUUUCAGAGUCAUUCAUGGUUUUAUUACCUUCUAUAUAGAAAAUAUUACCCAAUCCAAUUCUUACUUUUUGUACUCAGGAGUAAACAAGACAAAGAAAGGUAAAUUUAAAAAUCACCAAGAAGGCUGGG